CAAAUCACCAAUCCAUUUGUGUAUCUGAAAUAUUUACAAUUAGUUUAAGACAAGUCUCAUUAUGAUAACAAUAAAGCCGUCUCUCUUGUCCAAAUACUAAAUCCUGCCUAACAACUCCUCCGUAACCAAAUUCCUUCAAGCUCUCAAAUUCUCACAACCUCUCCACACAAAGGACCAGUAACAGAAAAAAAAAAAAGAGGAUAUUGUUGAUUGGACUGAAUUGAUUUGAUAUGUUGAGUCCGUUUUCGUCACCUAGGAGAUCGAGAAGAGGAAACAAAGAAAGCAAGAAUCCUUAUUCAAAUCAAGGACUUGACAAGUUCUCUGCACUUCUAUCUGAGCUCGAUGAGAAAAGACAGAGCAUUUACGCAAAGAGGCUUGAUCCUGAUGGACCGCCUCUUGUUCGGUUUGUCUUCACUAGCUCCGGCGAGUGCGUCCCUGUAAUGAUCAAGACAAAGAGGGCAAGUCAGAAGAAGGAUGUUCUAGAUGAUUUCAAGGUCAAGAAGAAGGACGUUCUAGAUGAUUUCAAGGUCAAGAAUAAGGAUGUUCUAGAUGAUUUCAAUGUAAAGACCGAAUCAAAAACAGAGCAGGAAAAAGAAAUAAAGCAAACAGAUUUGGAAACAGAGCAGAAACAGAGCUGUGUAUUGAAUGAGAAUCUGAAGAAGAUUUCAAGACCAAACCAUUUAUUACCCGUGACAGUGGUGCUGGUUCUAAUAUUAUUGGUGUUUUUCGGACGGACCGUCUCGAUCAUGUGCACUUGUAUCGUUUGGUACUUGGUUCCAAUGAUCAAGGAACAGAGCAGAAACAGAGGAUCAACAUACGAGACGAAGAGGAGGAAGAAACUAAAUAUUGAAAACAGAGCUGCUCCUGAUAAAAGUGAAACCCGGUGACGAAAAUCAAAACUUUUUCUUUUUUUGUGAAUUUCUUUUAUUCGUUUCAUCUAACAUUUUCCUUGGUUUCUUUUGUUCUGUCUUCUCUGUUUUGUCCAUAGUUGUUAAUUUUGAGACAGAAAGAUACGUAAAUUCUUCUUCUUUGUUUCUCCUUUCUCUAAUGCUAGUGAAAUGUAAACUAUUCAAACUGAUUAUUUUUGUUGGUCGUGGUAAAGUGUUUCUUGAUUCAUUUGUGUACAACUUUCGUCUAAUUGAUGAUCUGUAAAUGAAAUUUUUUUAGUUUGGAGUUUUGA